AUGGAGCUUGGAGAAGCUUGCGCUGUGUACCUCGACGACCGUGUGAAAGACGAACGUUGGGUAGUCAGGAAUUCUGACUCGACUGCUGGAGGAACAUACACUGGAUUAGAAACUUCAGCUGCUGAAGACGACGAAAUCCACACCAAUACGCGGCUUUUUCUUGGUAUUUUCAGGAAAGUUUACCUUUCCAACUCGAGAAAAUCAUUCGGCGAACAGUUAACGGAGCUCAAUGCAACUUGUCGACCUAAAUCUAAUCCCUUAUUCGCCCUUGUUUCCAUCGCCGUCGACAAUUCAUCUGAACCACUAGGGCAAUCAUCUGAAAGUCGGUCUUUGGCUCCCCUCACGUCGUCAUCGACAUCCAACAACAAAGCUGGCCGGUUUCUCCGAUUCUCGUCAGAAUCGGAUGACUUCUGCAUUCUAGAGGUUCUUGCCAGAUUCUCCGCGAACCUGAGUCUUCAGACUGAAGUGAACCUAGCCAUUCCCGUCGCCUUGUUGCGUUUCGUACAGGAAGGCGUUGGUUGUGAAAGAUCGAUAGAAGCUAAAGCCGAAGAUCAUGAAACCCUAGUUGAGAACACUGUAACCGGUUUGCCCUUGGUAAACGGGGUAAAUAAACUAAUGAAACAAAUAUGUGAUCCCGGCGAAGAGCUGGAAAAAUAUGAAAGGUAUGCAUACUUCCUUGGAAACCUUCGUUACAUGCCAAGAUACUCACCCGGACCAAGUGAUCUUCAUGUCCUACCAUCACGAAAACGACUCGUUGAAGCUGAAAUCGGCAAAUGGGAUUUCUCAGCCCAUGAUUUUUCAGAGGACGAACUUGUAUAUGCUGGAACCGUAAUUCUAGAACAUGCAUUGCAAAUGCCGGAAUUAGAACCCUGGCGAAUCUCCUCGGCCAUUGGACAUGACGUUGGUCAUCCGGGUGUGAACAAUGUAUUUCUCGUCCGGUUGAAUGCUCCGCUAGCCCAGCUGUACAACGAUACUUCCGUUCUAGAAUCCUUCCACUGUGCUGCAUAUUCCCAGCUUCUACGAUCCUAUUGGCCCUCAUUUGUCAUGGAUAUGAAACUUCGUAAAUUGAUGAUCAGCUCCAUCCUUGCGACUGAUAUGGGUGUCCAUUUCAAGUUCAUGGAAAGCUUAGGCAAACUUCGGGAGAAAUACCAUGAAACCCACUCGACGGACCGGUGGACAGACAAUGAAAUAGAGACUAAUCGGGCCUUACUUUGUGGCUUACUGAUGAAAUGCGCCGACAUUAGCAACGUGGCCCGCACUUGGGACAUUGCGAAACGAUGGACAAAUGUCUUACAGGAGGAAUUCGCCCAGCAAGGAAACAUGGAGAAGACCAUCGGAAUGGAAACGGCUCUCUUCGGUGGCCCUCCGGAACUUGGAAAUGUUCCUAAACUCGCCAAAAGUCAAAUCAAUUUCAUAAAAUUAUUUGCCCUGCCUCUUUUUGAAAAUUUGGCCUAUCUGCUACCAGAUAUGGCAUUUACCACCGUGGAAAUAAGACGGAACAAGUCGAUAUGGCGGGAAAUAAUAAAUCGAGAGGUACAAAGUAGGAUGUCGCUAGAAUUGAUCCAAAGCAGUACAACAACACCAUUGGCACAAUCCGAUUCACAUCUUCCUUCAUCGGAUGUUAAGAACGAGGACUUCGGCGAAACUCCCCUGGAUGAGUCGGCCGUUAAUAUUCAUAGGGUCCUGCCUGGCCCCUGGAACCUACCACCAACCCUUGGCAAUGUUCUACCUUGUGGAACCGAUGAACACUCUAAUGUUGAUAAGGACUCUCAUGGCUUGAGCGGUGGCUCUCGUCCCCUUGCAAUAUCGACGACAAACCCUUCUGGACAUACUGAUCCAGGAGCAGAGGACAAUCAAGCAUCUCAUUCCCGGCGUUACCAAUGCCAUCGCCAGUUCCAGCGCUCAUCAGGCCGUGCCUCAAACGGAACGACAGUGAAUCGCCAAAGCGACAUGACUAGCGGAACGCGCACGCAAAGCACGAGCACGGACACGAACAAUACAGUUAUGACCCCCAUUUCUUCAACCACCCAACCCAGCAGCCUUAGCAGUCUAAAUAGUAGUAGUGAUGAUGAACAUGAUCGCGUGCGCCAUGGAUUCGACCGCGAUGCAGGAAAUGGUCCGUCCGGCAACAUCCGUUCCGAAAACCACCGCGAUUUGGGGACCAGCAGUCGUGCCAGCCCCAUGGUUAUGCCACAUCCAGCGAACUCUGGGCGCCCAAGCAUUCUUCAUACCUUCCACAGCGACGUCGAGGAUGGGAAAACCCCGCACUUUAUGGCUGCCUUUAUCGACAAAAACUUCGGCCACCAUGCCCAAGGGAAUGGUGUCACCAUCACAAACCCAAACCCCCCCUCCAAUAACUACAUGUCGACCGAUUCCGCACAUCACAAUUUCUCUCCAGCAAACCACCAUAUGCACGACACUAAUGGGAUCAACAACCGGACCGUCCCUCGACGACGGAGUCGCUUACGGCUUGCCUUCUGGCGCCGCAACAGGGAAAUCGUCUCUGCUGAACAUGACUGA